AUGACAAAUCAUGUAUAUGCAGAACAUGAAGUCAUAUCUAGUAGACAAUUUCUACAUCCCUCGGUAGAUCCUGCUCAUAGUUUCCUCAAGUACUUCCAACUUGGGGUGAAUCGGACAUUCUAUAAUGGCAACUGGAUCGACUGUGACGCAUCUCAGAAUAAAACAGAAACGCACACGACGGAUAUAUUCUCAUACAAGAGCUAUACGGAAUCCCUUCACGAAAAUUCCACUUAUCAUGAGGACCCUCUUUAUUACCGCCCAGAAUGUACCUUUCAGGUUGGCCAUGACGAGGUAUAUACACUGAGGGUAUUCGCAGACAACUUGUUCAGCAAGGAAACGGUGCUUUUACCAUAUCGCGCACCCCUUUUCGGAGAGGCCUGGAUACAGAAGCUCUGGGAUUGGGGGCAUAUGGAUAUUUCCACAGUCGACGCAUUUGCCAAGGGUCUUGCAACAUCCAUAGGCGCAAAUUGGCGAAGGAACCCAGAAACUCUCGGCAUCGAGUAUGUAGAGGGCCAUACACAUCUAACAGAGCCUUGUAUAAAAGUUAGCUGGGGCUUCCUCUCUUUUCUAGCAAUCCUGGUUGUCGCAGAAUUGCUCUUCCUCGUUAUCGUCGUCACAAUCAGCCGCCGCAGCCCGUGGAAGGGAGACUGGAAAUCGUCUAUUCUGCCCUACUUGUUUCAAAAGAUUACACUGCCGAACUUGACUGACAAACAGACUGAGUCGUAUCUGAACAAAGCUGCGGAAGGUGUGAGGGCGACUUUUGAGCCGGUGGAUGGACGUUGGACCUUGACCACGGGCUAG